GACAUAUUGAACGUGACAAAGAAGGCUAGAUUACGUAAUACUGCGCAGUAAGCUCCGAUAGUAAUCGAGGAUAAUGUUUAUGAAAGCCUGUAGGAGCGUUGUCCGUCGUCCGUCUGCCGUCCACUGGACAGGUGUCAGGGAAUCGACAGUCUAUCUAGAUCGGUCCUUCCAAGUGAUUGAAUUAGACAGCAUUAAGAAGGAGCGACCAGACAGAAGAAAAUACAUCAUAGAAAACUUUGACUGUCUGCGUAUAGAUCUGACAAAAGAUGACAAAAGCAUAGGGACUGUGACCGGAAGUCACGCAGAAAAAGAAUUCAGCCCUUUACACAAACCGGAAGUGGUAAUUAUUGAAGGUAUGGCGGAGAAAACGUUCAACAUGGAAAUGAAGUCUGUCAUGCGCAAGCUCGGAUACUCAGGUUUCCUGGAAAACGUGAGACACGGCAAAGGAACUGCCUUCUUUAUAAGGAAUGAUAAAUUAAAGAAAAAGAAAUCGCUACCAGCAACAGUGUUCGCUUUUACAUUACGUUAUCCUUUAGUCUAAACAAAGAAUCACCACUUAUUGGACUCAUAUUGAAUGAUCAGAGAGAUCUAGAGCUAUACUUCUUGAAGGAUCUAUGUCCAUGAAAAAGAUCAGUUUUUAGUUUAGUACAAAGCUGUUAUUUUGUAAACGAAAGUGUAUUGAUGUGUCUUUUGUAAAUAUAUAGUUAUGUAUGUAGAAAGUAAAUGUUAUGACGAUAUUAAAUGGAAGUUUUUAAGAUUCAAAUUAUAACAAAAGAUUUAGAAAAUACUUCAAUCAAAACCAAUAAUUAACAUACAAAAAUAAAUAAAAAUAAAAGGAUAAGCAAUCUUACACAUAACUUAUCAAAACAAACCCUGACUAUUUAUACAAACAAUUUAUACGUAUAUGAUACACAUUUUGGAAACAAAUAUUUAAAUAACAUAAAAUAAUGUAGAUGGAUGUAUCAAUCAAAAUUAUCUCUAAAUUAAAAGGACAUGAUCACUUUUGAUCAAAAUCCCCCCCCCCUUUUUUUUAAUGUUUACUAUGCUUUAGUAAGGGACUUCUAAUAGUCGACCAAAUUUUGAGUGUCAUUUGUCGAGUUAUAAGCGAGAUUAAGAGAUUACAGUUCUUUGUUAUGUAAACAAAGCUUAGAUGAAUUAAUGUAUUUGUUUACAUUUAGAAAAUCCCAGGUUUUACAUGUAGCUUAAAAUGAGUGUGGCGAACUGUUUUUUGUUAAUCAAAACAAACUAGCAAGAUAAAAAAUCAGCUUUAAAAAGAACAACGUUUACUGGUUUACUAAACUAAUGUAAACAAAAGCAUGGCACAAGCCUAGUUUACAGAGCAAAGGAUUGUGAGCUCUGUAUCUUGGUUAAAACUCUUCGACUGACACUCAGAUUUGAGUGAUGAUUAGAAAUGGAUAAAUAAAACAUUGUAAACAAUAAAUAUAGAAAAUAUUUUUGACCAUGCCUCUUUAAAUAAUACAAAUAACAAUCAUACCAUGCAUACAAAAGAAAAUAGUACAUUUUUGUAGUGUGUUUAUGUCCAAUAUGGGGUGUUUAAAGUAAAAAAAAAGUACGGUCAAAAACUCUCCAACAAAUGUCGAAUUAUUCCAUACGCAUAAAUAGCCGGUGAAGUUGAUGCAUUUGAUGUGUCUUUCCCAGCUUUGCCAGAAAGACACGAGAGGUAGCGAUCGUGGGAUUGACAACAAUGUAAACAUGGAACAAUGUACGAUUGUGGGACUGACAACAAUGUAAACAUGGAACAAUGAACGAUUGUGGUAUUGACAACAAUGUAAACAUGGAACAAUGUACAAUUGUGGGACUGACAACAAUGUAAACAUGGAACAAUGUACGAUUGUAGUUUUGACAACAAUGUAAACUUGGAAUAAUGUACGAUUGACAACAAUGUAAACAUGGAACUAUGUACGAUUGUGAGAUUGACAACAAUGUAAACAUGGAACAAGGUACGAUUGUGGGACUGACAACAAUGUAAACUUAGAACAAUGUACGAUUGACAACAAUGUAAACAUGGUACAAUGUACGAUUGUGGGACUGACAACAAUGUAAACAUAGAACAAUGUACGAUUGUAGUAUUUACAACAAUGUAAACUUGGAACAAUGUAGGAUUGACAACAAUAUGAACAUGGAACAAUGUACGAUUGUAGUUUUGACAACAAUCUAAACAUUGAACAAUGUACGAUUGACAACAAUGUAAACAUAGAACAAUGUACGAUUCAGAACAAAAUGAAAUCGUGCAACUUA